AUGGAAAAACUCACUGAUGAUGCCGACUACGAAGCCGGCGAAACGUUUGAGAAUGUAUCAAGUCCACUUUCAGAUGCUGGGAAUCAUGACAACUACCAUGGCAGACGACUUGGGACUAGGUGCGUUCUACAUGGUCUCCCUGUAAACAAGACCAAGUUGCGACAACGAGGUCAACCCACUUCUAUGAAAGAAACAGACUUAUUGGUGAGUUUCGAUGUGGAAUCGAUGUAUACAAAUAUCUCUGGAGAAAAUGCGCUAAUGGCCCUGCUGGAAAUGCUGGACCGAGAGGAGGAUAUCCUGGAAUCACAACGGAUCGGUAGGGAGCCGUUAACAAGACUAAUCAACUUGACAAUAAGGGCAACCUAUUUUACAUUCAACAGGAAUAUCGAGAAACAAAUAUUUGGAUUUCCCAUAGGAUUGCCGCUCUCACCACUUUUUGCUAACGUAUACAUGAAAAAAAAAAAAGAGAACUUCGAGAUGGCACCGCUACAACCGGCAGUGCUCAUGUGA